AUGCUAGUAAAUGUUUUAAUUUUAGUUGAUAAUGCAUCUUGUCAUUAUGAUCCAAACAGUAUUUUAUUAACUUUUAAUUUUAAUAAUGAUAGUUAUAAAGAAGGAACUGAAUUAGCAGAAACAUCUUUUGAACAAAGUGAAGAUAUACAAAAGUAA